AUGGGGUUGCUGCUGUUUCUCUUUAGCUGCUUUGCUGCUGCUGCUGCUGCAGCCGCUGCUGCUGCUGCCGGCGCUGUGGAGCCGCUGACAGCUGCUGAACUCAGAGACACGCUGCGUGCAGCAGCAGCAACAGCAGCAGCAACACCAGCAGCAGCAACAGCGGACUCAGCAGCAGCAGCAGCAGCAGCAGCAGCAGCAGAGGGCGAUUUGCUGCUUGUUGCUUUCAUGAGCAGCUCCUCUCAGGCCUGGAGGCAAACUUCUGCUGCAUUCAAGGCAGCAGCAGCAGAUUACCUUCAUAUUGUUGAACAGCAGCAGCAGCAGCAGCAGCAGCAGCAGCUGUUGCUGCUGCCACCUGUCUCCUUCCGCGUGUUUGAUUGUGAAGCAAACGUAGAAGCAGUGUCUCUUUGUUCUGCUGCUGCAGGGAUUACAGACUAUCCAACGUUUUUGCUGCUGCAUCAACCUCCAGCAGCAGCAAGAGCAGCAGCAGCAGCAACAGCAGCAAGGGAGUUUACCCCGGAAGCAGCAGCAGCAGCAGUUGCUGCAGCAGUUGUAGCAGCACUCAACUCAGCGUCUCUCCCUGAUGAAAGAGACUUCGUGCAGUUUUUGCUGCGUUAUGCUUCACCCUUCUCGUCUCUAUCAUCAGCAGCAACAGCAGCAGCAACAGCAGCAGCAAAUGCAGCAGCAGCAGCAGCAGUAGGCAGUUGCGUGAUACAGAUGCAGCAGGAGGAAAUGCUGCAGCUGCUGCACUUCGAUGAAAAGCGCGGCAGCUCUAUGACUUCUUUUCUUUUAUGUAUGGACACUCAGACAGAACCAGCAGCAGCAGCAGCAGCAGCAACACCAGCAGCAGCAGCAGCAGCAGCAGAGAGGGAUGCCGCCCUUUCUUCUUUUUUGCAUUUGUCUUGCGCUUAUCCCCGAAGAAACUUAUUUCUUAUAUCCACAGAAUUAAGCCUAUGUACUAAACAAAUCAGCAGCAGCAGCAGCAGCAGGAGCAGCAGCAGCAGCAGGAGGAGCUCGUUUAUGUUGCUGGCGCUGCAGCCGCUUGCUGCAGCAGCAGCAGAUGACGAGCAGCAAACUGAGUGGGGGACAGAGCGACAGCUGCAGCAGCAAAUAAUUGAGUACCUAGGGAGACGGUGGCAGCAAAGCGAAGAGAGACAGAGUCUCCUCAAUGCAGUCAACAUACUCAGCAGCAGCAGCAGCAGCAGCAGCAGCAGCAGCAGCAGCAGCAGCGGGGUGUGCUUUCCGCUGCUGCUUGCGCAGGAGAGAGACUUCUUCCUGCCUACAAUGAAUGGCGGCUGCAGCAGCACGCAGUCUGCUGCUGCUGCUGCUGCUGCUGCUGCAGGGCAUGAUGACCCAUCCUCAGCAUCCGCAACAGCAGCAGCAACAGCAGCAGCAACAGCAGCAGCAACAGCAGCAGCAGUAAACCGUUUUAUUGAGGUGUAUGAUCAGCCUGUGCUGUCUUUUAUAUCACAGUGCAACUUCUUUUCUUUACGUGUCUCUCUGGGGGCGGAUGAAGGCAAGGGGCGUCUCCUCUUUACUUUAGUUUUUGAUGCUGCCGCUGCUGCUGCUGCUGCUGCAAGAGACAAUGAAGCUGCUGCUGCUGCUGCUGCUGCUGCGGAGGGGGAGCGACUGCAGCAGAGGAACGAGGAGAACGAGACAAGCAGCAGCAGCAUUCAAGCAGCAGCAUAUGAGAUAUUUGGUGUUGCUGCGCAGCUCGAGAAGCGGCUGCAGCAGCAAGAAGUGCUGCAGCAGAUAGCAGAGCAGCGCAUGCAGCAGUCGCUGCAGCAGCUAACAAAGUAUUUUGCUGUUGUGUCUGCUGAGUUGCACAGAUCCAUCUUAAAGGCAGCAGAAGCAGCAGAAGCAGCAGAAGCAGCAGCAGCAGAAGCAGCUGCAGCAGCAGCUACAGACCCUUCCGACAAAGCAGCAGCAGAAGCAGCAGCAGCAGCAGCAGCAGAGGCAGCAGCAGCAGCAGCAGCAGCAGCAGCACCUUGUAGGGGCCCCUUUAGCUUCGCUUUGCUUCAUGGUGUUCUCUUUGCUGAUUCUCUUGAAGGGUUUGGGGUGUAUACGCAGGUAGAGCUUCCUUCACUAAUAGGCUUAUCGCCUAUCUUUAUCAGCGACAGCCGCCCGUCUGCUGCCUUCUUCCGCCAGCAGCAGCAGCAGCAGCAGCAGCAGCAGCAGCAGCAGCAGCAGGAGCAGCAGCAGGCAACGAGCUGGGGGUUGUUAUUAAAAGAACCUGCGUUUUACUUAAGAGACCGCUUCGCACUGACGCUGGACACUCUAGAGCAGCAGCUGGAGCAGCUGCAGCAGCAGGAGCAGCAGCAGCAGCUGCAGCAGCACGCUGAAGGCUAUGAUUGGUGGAGGGACGGCAGCUGGCUGCGAAGAGCAGCAGGAGAAUAUAUUAUUAUACCGCUUAGGAAGCCUGCUGUAGAGUUUUUAUAUGCUGGGGUGUAUAGGCAGGCAGCAACAGUCCUUUGGGUUUGCUGCUGUUUGCUGCUGCUGCUGAUUGUCUCUCUCCUCAUCUGCUGCAAUAUUUACGACUGGGAUGCUCUUGCUGCUGAUGCUGUUGAUGUUGCUGCUGCUGCUGCUGCUGCUGCUAAACGCAGAGCUCUAACGCUCCUAGGAACGGGGCCGCGCAGCAACAGCAGUAGCAGAUGCAGCAGCAAUAGCAGCAGCAGAAGCAGCAGCAGAAGCAGCAGCAGAAGCAGCAGCGGAAGCAGCAGCAGCAGCAGCAGCAGAAGCAGCAGCAGGAGCAGCAGCAGGAGCCGCAGCAGCGAACAACAGAAGCAACUGAGAAACAAGAAGGACGACUGA